ACUCUCAUCGCACGCGCACCUUCUCGAUCCCUCUCGCCUCUCGCCCCUCGCCCCCAUUCCGCCGACGGCCGGACGCCGCGAGGAGCUCGACCCCUCCACCACUGCUCCCCCCUUCUCUCCUACUCACCGCGGGCGACCAAAUUAAGGCGGGGAUUAGGGUUUACGCCGCCGCCGCCACCGCCCCCUCCCUUCCCCUGUCUCCCUCUCCGGCGACCCCAGCCACCUCGGAGCCCCCCGGUCGUCGAUCUGCAUCGCCGCCCCAGACCCUCGCCGCGGAGCCCAGGUCGCCGCCCAAGCUCGCCACGACGCCCGGCCCAGCCGCCGCCACCCUUAUCAACUAAAAGAUGGAGGCCAAUCUGAAGAACCAGGCGACCACCGCGGUGGCGAUGCUUCGUAUUGUCUCCCUCGCAAGCUCCCCUGUCGACCUCAUCAAGGAUGCUCUCCGCACCGUCCUAUAUAUCGAGUCCGUCAUUGCGUUUCAGGAGCUGCCGCACGAUGCCCUGGACCUACUUGCCUCAACCCACUCCUUGACCUUGGCGUACCGCGAGGUAUCUGAGCUGGUGAUGUCCGUGGAGGCAGCCAUCAUCAUCAUCGACCGCUGGCUCGAGCCCAGGGCGUCCGGGCUGCAGGGGCUGCCGGGGGCUUCGUGGAGAGUCCGGGCAGAUGAGCUCAGGGGGGCUGUGGCCCAUGCUAGCUGUAUGCUAGUGUCAGCUGGCACGUAUUGCUACCGUGCCGCGGCUGUCCUGAAAGUGUCCAGCGAGCGUUGGCGCACCUUCCCUACCGACCUCCGAAAGACCUGGAUGAAGGAUGCGAGGUCGUCGCUCACCUCUGUACGUGAUCGCCUGAUUGACGCCCUUUGCGCCCUCUCCCAGAUGUCUGCUGCUGCCACCGAAGCCCGGGAUGCCGCCAAGAUACUCAUUGAUUUUCUGUAGUGUUGACUAUUUUACUGCCAAAAGGAUUUUAGCUCCAUGUCUUGGCACAGUUAUCUUUAUUCGUGGUAGUUAAGACUAAAUAUAAAUCUCCAUCCAUGUCUUUGCUAUAUUUUAAUUCCAGUACCACCUCAAUGUUGCAGAUGACAUAUUAGAUUCUUAUCAGUUUAGUUUUCUCAUAUCUUUGGGCUUUAA